AUGCUAUUCUCCAUCACUCUCCCAAUUUCUCCCCUUCUCACUCUCUUUCCCCCUUCACUUACUCUCUUUCCCCCCUUUUCACUCUCUUUCCUCUUUUGCUCACCCCAGUUCCACCCUUCUCCCUCUCUUUCCCCUUGUUCAACUUUUGCUCACCCCAGUUCCCCCCUUCUCCCUCUCUUUCCCCUUGUUCCCCUUUUGUUCACCCCAGUUCCCCCCUUCUCCCUCUCUUUCCCCUUGUUCUCCUUUUGCUCACCCCAGUUCCCUCCUUCUCCCUCUCUUUACCCUUGUUCCCCUUUUGCUCACCCCAGUUCCCCUCUUCUCCCUCUCUUUCCCCUUGUUCUCCUUUUUCUCACCCCAGUUUCCCCCUUCUCCCUCUCUUUACCCUUUCGCCUUCCUUCCCGCGUCCCGUUCUCCCCUUCCCGCAUCCCGUUCUCCCCUUCCCGCCUCCUGUUCUCCCCUUUCCGCAUCCCGUUCUCCCCUUUCCGCAUCCCGUUCUCCCCUUUCUGCAUCCCGUUCUCCCCUUUCCGCAUCCCGUUCUACCCUUUCCGCAUCCCGUUCUCCCCUUUCCGCAUCCCGUUCUCCCCUUUCCGCAUCCCGUUCUCCCCUUUCCGCAUCCCGUUCUCCCCUUUCCGCAUCCCGUUCUCCCCUUCCCGCCUCCCGUUCUCCCCUUUCCGCAUCCCGUUCUACCCUUUUCGCAUCCCGUUCUCCCCUUACCGCAUCCCGUUCUCCCCUUUCCGCAUCCCGUUCUCCCCUUUCCGCAUCCCGUUCUCCCCUUUCCGCAUCCCGUUCAUCCCGUUUUCCCCUUUCCGCAUCCCGUUCUCCCCUUUCCACAUCCCGUUCUCCCCUUUCCGCAUCCCGUUCUCCCCUUUCCGCAUCCCGUUCUCCCCUUCCCGCCUCUCGCUCUCCCCUUUCCGCAUCCCGUUCUCCCCUUUCCGCAUCCCGUUCUCCCCUUUCCGCAUCUCGUUCUCCCCUUCCCACCUCCCGUUCUCCCCUUUCCGCAUGCCCAUCUCCCAUUCCCGCCUUCCCAUUCCCCUUCCCACCUCCCUAUAUCCAAUUCCCGCCUCCCCAUCACUGUUUCUUCUCUCCCCAUUUUCCCUUCCUGCCUUCCCAUUCCCCUUCCCGCCUCCCCAUUCCCCUUCCCGCCUCCCCAUCUCCCCUUCCCGCCUCCCCAUCUCCCCUUCCCGCCUCCCCACUCCCAUUCCCGCCUCCCCAUCUCCCAUUCCCGCCUCCCCAUCUCCACUCCCUCCUCCCUUCUCUCCCUUCCCACCCUUCUCUCCCUUCCCUCCCUUCCCUCCCUUCCCUUCCUUCCCUCCCUUCCCUCCCUUCCCUCCCUUCCCUCCCUUCCCUCCCUUCUCUCCCUUCCCUCCCUUCUCUCCCUUCCCUCCCUUCUCUCCCUUCCCUCCCUUUCUCCCUUCCCUCCCUUCUCUCCCUUCCCUCCCUUCUCUCCCUCCCCUCCCUUCUCUCCCUCCCCUCCCUUCUCUCCCUCCCCUCCCUUCUCUCCCUCCCCUCCCUUCCCUCCCUUCUCUCCCUUCCCUCCCUUCUCUCCCUCCCCUCCCUUCUCUCCCUCCCCUCCCUUCUCUCCCUCCCCUCCCUUCUCUCCCUUCCCUCCCUUCUCUCCCUUCCCUCCCUUCUCUCCCUUCCCUCCCUUCUCUCCCUUCCCUCCCUUCCCUCCCUUCCCUCCCUUCCCUCUCUUCCCUCCCUUCCCUCCCUUCUCUCCCUUCCCUCCCUUCUCUCCCUCCCCUCCCUUCUCUCCCUCCCCUCCCUUCUCUCCCUUCCCUCCCUUCUCUCCCUUCCCUCCCUUCUCUCCCUUCCCUCUCUUCUCUCCCUUCCCUCCCUUCUCUCCCUUCCCUCCCUUCUCUCCCUCCCCUCCCUUCUCUCCCUUCCCUCCCUUCUCUCCCUUCCCUCCCUUCUCUCUCUUCCCUCCCUUCUCUCCCUUCCCUCCCUUCUCUCCCUCCCCUCCCUUCUCUCCCUCCCCUCCCUUCUCUCCCUCCCCUCCUUUCUCUCCCUCCCAUCCCUUCUCUCCCUUCCCUCCCUUCUCUCCCUUCCCUCCCUUCUCUCCCUCCCCUCCCUUCUCUCCCUUCCCUACCUUCUCUCCCUCCCCAUCAUCUCGCCUCACGCCAUCAUCUCAUGUCAAAUCAGCUAGAGAAAGGUCAAUAG